GCGGGGCGGCUUUCCCCGGGCGGUGAUGGCGCGCGCGGGCGCCGGGAGGCAGGCGCCGUUGUAGCGGACUCAGCGGCGGGCUAGAGGCGGCCCAAGCGCCGGUCGCGCGCCAUGGCCCCCAUGGGCAUCCGCCUGUCCCCGCUGGGGGUGGCCGUGUUCUUCCUGCUGGGGCUCGGGGUGCUCUACCACCUCUACUCGGGCUUCUUGGCCGGCCGCUUCAGCCUCUUCGGCCUGGGCGGCGAGCCGGCGGGCGGGGCGGCCGAGCCGGAAGGCGACGGGGGCGCGGUGGACCUGCGGGAGAUGCUGGCCGUGGCGGUGCUGGCGGCCGAGCGCGGCGGCGAGGAGGUGAGGCGGGUCCGCGAGAGCAAUGUCCUCCAUGAGAAGUCCAAGGGGAAGACGCGCGAGGGGGCCGACGACAAGAUGACCAGCGGCGACGUGCUGUCCAACCGCAAGAUGUUUUACCUGCUCAAGACCACCUUCCCCACCGUGCAGAUAAAUACUGAGGAACAUGUGGAUGCAUCUGACAAGGAGGUCAUUAUAUGGAAUCAUAAGAUCCCUGAGGACAUCCUGAAGGAAAUAACUACUCCUAAGGAGGUACCUGCAGAAAGUGUGACUGUCUGGAUUGACCCACUUGAUGCUACACAGGAAUACACGGAGGAUCUUCGAAAGUAUGUCACUACCAUGGUGUGUGUAGCUGUGAAUGGCAAACCUGUGCUAGGAGUUAUUCAUAAGCCGUUCUCUCAAUAUACAGCUUGGGCAAUGGUAGAUGGUGGUUCAAAUGUGAAAGCCCGUUCUUCCUACAAUGAGAAGACCCCAAAAAUCAUUGUGUCUCGCUCUCAUGCAGGGAUGGUAAAACAGGUUGCUCUUCAGACUUUUGGAAACCAGACAUCAAUCAUCCCAGCUGGUGGUGCUGGUUAUAAAGUUUUAGCACUCUUGGAUGUGCCUGAUACGAGUCAAGAAAAAGCAGAUCUGUAUAUUCAUGUGACAUACAUCAAAAAGUGGGAUAUAUGUGCUGGCAAUGCCAUCUUAAAAGCCCUUGGGGGGCAUAUGACCACUCUGAGUGGGGAAGAGAUCAGUUACACUGGGUCUGAUGGCAUUGAAGGAGGACUCCUUGCUAGCAUCAAAAUGAAUCACCAAGCUCUGGUCAGAAAACUCCCGGAUAUAGAAAAGGCAGGACAUCAAUAAGCAUUUCCUGACCACAGCGUACAACUCUUCCAGAGGUGAAUUGUUCAGCUGAACUGUUGGAAGCUUCAAAGGCCUGGUGGAGACUAUGCAUGGUUAAGGCCAUUUUGAACUUAGGAAAUAUUUAUGAAGCAUCGAGACUUACUUUCCCUGUACUAGGAUACAAAAUCAGGGAAAUUAGGUUGCUUCAUUUCUCAAGUAUUGUCUUUAUUUUUGAGACUAUUUUCAUACAGUUGUCAUACACAAGGCACAUAUAUAUAUACAUAUAUAUAUAUAUGUAUGUGUAUAUAUAUAUUUGUGGAUUAAAACCUAGAGCUCAGUCUACACUGUUAAGAGUCACAAUUUUCACACUACAAAUGAUCAGUCUACACUGUUGAUACUUUCUUACAGAAUUGGGUUUGAGGAAGGCUUCAUUUUGUGUGGAUGUUUAGUGUAACUUUGAGGUUGUAUCAUACUGAAAAUAAAGUCAUUGGUGAUUUACUCCUCAGAUGGAAAGCACAAGAAGUCUCAUAUUCAUUAAUAGUCAACAAGUACUCUGUUCAUUUACCAUUUCUAUGGAUUUAGUAGAAAAGGCUUAAGUAGAUUAUUUUCUUUGAAGUUUUACUAACAGAUUCACCAGCUGAUAGAAGAUAUAGACAAAUGAUGAACUGCAUUAUAAUUGGAAUUUUUUAAGAAUGUGUGUUUUGCUUUGGUCAGUCAAAGUGUAUCUGUGGUUUUAACAUUUCUGCCAUGUUGCUGUUGAUUUUCAUUCCCCUUGGAAGGUACAUUCAUUCACCCUUUUCUCUAUUGACUGGCAUUUAGUCUUUACCUGUAAAGUUGGUUUUAAGUUUCAGUAUUAGCAUCAUGAUUGGUAUAUUUUCGCAUUAGAGAUAAAAUAUAUUGUAAAACAAUAUAAGAAUAUAAGUGACUCUGUAAUAAUUCACAUUAGAUGGAAUAACUAGUUUUAGUUAUUUUUUCAGUAAUUUUGUUUUAGAAAUUUUUUAAACCUUACCAGGUUUAUCUAAACAUUGUGUUAUUAUCAGGAAUGGGCACAGUUCCUUUUUUUAGCUAUUAAUCGACUUAAAAUAACCAAAUUCUCAAAGGAAUCACUUGUGACACAAUCCUGUAGUUUCCUCUCAGAUUACUAUAAUGAAAACUGAUUAUUUUUUUCCCAUUUAGUUGGCAGAAUGUGGUUAGAAAAAGAGAUGGAGCAUUUGUCAUGUUGCUUUCUGAGCUGUAUUUGUUGGUGAGUGGUUUUUCUUAUUGUGAUCUAGAAAAUCGAUGUAAAUAGUCCUGUUUUUCCAUGUGGCUUUGAAGUCCUUAUUAAUAAGGAAUUUCUCACAUUUUGUUUUCUUAAAAAUGUAACCUUAGAGCAAUUUUCUAUUUAUCUUCCUAUUUUAGAGGUAAAGUUGAGCAGAGUGGACAUGCUAGCCUGAUAGACAUUCGUACUGGAUCCAAAAGCCAUCAUUUCUCAGUCCUGGACUGAACCUUAGUACAGUACCAGUGCUUUCUCCUGUACUUAGCUUCUGGUAACAAAUUAGCCUUCAUGCAGUGAAGAUUCAAAGUUUUGGAAGUUGGAAACUUGGUAUUUGUUUAAUAGGACUUGGGUGUUUCGAAAACAGUUUCAGAUACCUAAUUUAAUUACUAAAUAUGACAAGAGACAGAAAACCCUGCUUUCUCCAGAGAGAUGGCAGAAGCAGAUACUCACGACAGUCCUGUGAUAGAGACAUUUUUUUCAUUAUAAUGUGUCAAGACAGGAAAUGGGAUUUAAUUGGAAAUGUUUUAAUGUGUGAAAACUUUGAUCAUUUAGUAGAAGCAGAACUAGUUCAUGUUAGCAAGCACUAUUGCUUUAGUUUUUAAUUUCAUGAACAAUGCUGAGAUGUUGGCUGAGAGUUGAAAGUAUAAUUUGUUGGUGUUGUCUAGUUACUAAUGAUUUUUACAUACUUUUAUAGACCAUUUUAUAAAAAUUUUAAGAGCCAAUACACAUUACAAGGAAAACGGUGUUUAUAUUUAUUUAUGAGGUAUUAUUGUGCCAGAAUGUACUAGCUGUGGAGUAUUUAGUAUCAGAAUUAACAUUGGGUUGUUUUAUUUCUGAACAUAACAAACUAAGCAGGUCUACAUUUGGAAACUCACCUGCUUUCCCUUUAGUGGAAGCAGACGCUUCCAGUGCUUCAGUGGCAUCAGCUGUCUCCUAGGUCACUCAUCAGUCCCUUUGCUGCCCUGCUCCAUCUUUCUUUCCCCUUGACCUACUUCCUCAGCUUGCCCCAUGUUUAACCCAAAAUCCUUUUAUAAACUCAUUCCUCUUUAUAUUGGCCACUGAACACUGACUUGAGACUUCGUAAAGUUCACAGUGAGAGUGGUCAAUCCUGGAAGAGAUCUGGUUUACCAUUAUUUUUGACAUUCAAUGAGAAGUAAAGGAAAUCACCUUCACAACCAUAAAGUUCCUGUGUGUUGUCUCAAUACUCAUGUUUUUACAAAGCACUUCUUCCUACCAAUCUCUAUAUAAUCUUUAUGUAAGCCUGGACUAUGCCAGUGAAUUGGAGGUAAGCUGACUUGAAGAAACCUGCUUUUCCUGUUGGUUUUUAUUCUCAUAUUUCCCCCUUCAUUUUCAGUUGAAUUUACAGGGCCCUACAUGACAGUCUUAUUUGUCAUUCCUUUCCCCAAUUUUAAGUUGUCUUUGUUUUUGUUUUUUUAACUGUAACACUAAAAUGAGGUAUUAGCGAUAUAUGAUGGACUGACAAGAGCAUCUAGAUUUAUGUUUAUAUAAGAGUUGUGUGGAUUCUUUGUUUCCUGGGGUUGCUUUGGACUGCUCUGAAGAUUGCAUCAGAGGAUUACAGGUAGGGUCAGGGUUAAGAAGAGAAGGAAGAUGCAAAGCUCAGGAGAGAGGUCAGUGAAGGUGAGAGGCUAGCAUUCGCCCUGCCUGCCCUACCCUGCUUUUAGAUGCUAAUUUCAGGUACCUAACAAUACCCUGGCUGUGGAGGUGGUAGUGCUCUGGUAGCCCAGACAGUGGAGGGCUAAUACAAAACAGAAGGUGUCCAUUUUUGAUUGGUGAUAGCUGAAGAUGACCUUUCUGGAACAACCUGGGAGGUUAAAGCAAGAACUGUUGGGAUUAGUGUAGCUGCAGCCACCUACCUUGGCUGUAAAUCAUUACUGUAUAGAAGCAGUAGUAGUUUUUCACUUAGGUCUGGAUUAAGAUGUUUUUAACGAUAUACCUGCAAAGUGGCUCUGUCCUAUAACUGUAGAAAAUAAAAAACCUAAUUUGUGGGAUUUUCCUUAAGAAAAAGGUUGUGCCUUAAAUGGGGCAUUGUAUGUUACUAAUACAAAACAUUUUUUAAUAAAUAGGGAAAAAGGCUUUUUCCCAUUAAAUUUUAAGUUCUUUUAAUAUUUUUUAUAUUGGAGUUGGGGAAAGUCAUUAAAUUGAAUAAAACAAAUUAUUUUUGCAUAAUGUAGCAUUUGCAGUUGAAGUACAUUUUUCUAAGAACUGGAUCAUGAUGUAUAUAAAUCUGAAAUGAUGUUCCAUCAUUUGGUUCUUAAUUAAAUGUAAGACCAGGAUAGAUUGAAUUUUACAAAUUUUACUUUUAAAUCAUUUUGGACUUCUUUAUCUUUUCUAGUCCUGUGGGAUAAUUUUGGUUUAAAAAGAAUAGCUGUUAGUGGAAGCAUUUUGGUGGUCUAUUGGUUAAGUAAUACUGUGUGUUGUGACAUUUUAAUAGAGUUCUUAAUGAGGGCAGGAUUCUAACACUAACCAGCCACAGUGGAGGGCUGCUUCACCAUAGUGAAGUUCUGCAGUGACAUGACUGUGGGCUGAUGUGUGUACAUUGCUCUUUUUCAUCUUAUCAAAGCCUGGCAGGUAUAUGUAUUCUGACUUAGCAUUGACAUUUUUUUUUUUUACUAUUUUUUGAGGUGGGUGGUAAAUUAAUGGAAGAAAUGAGAUGAUUUUCUGAGAUAAUAUAAGGCAAACUGAAAUUAAGGAUGAUGAAUAAUGCUAAAACAGCUGAUUAUAUACCAUGAUUGUGAUCAUUCCCUAAAGUAUUAUAUGAUGUACCUGUGUAAAGUACAAAAGCAAAGGUUGUGAUGUUUUGUCCAUAUAUUUAAUUAAAUUAUUUUAAGGUGUAAAGCAAGUGUUACACUUGUCAUUCUGGAGAGUCAUUUCCUCCAUUUUUUAAUUGUUUUUAGACUAGGAAAGAAAUACACGAAGUUCACGGGAGGUACUAUAGUGAUAGACACGGCACUGCUGGGACUUGUGCACCUUCGCAGUGCUGCCUGGAGUAGCUGGGCUGCAUCGCCAGAACUGUCACCUUGCUGAUCUUCUAGACUUCUCUUCAUUCUCACUUCCUGUUAUUCCAUUUCUUAAAUGGUUAACAGUGAGAGAAUUUACAGUGUUUUACCUUUGAAUACUUUCACAUAUUUAAAACCAUGGAAGAAAUAAGCCGUUUCUUGUUGCAGAGAUGCCACGUUUUCUCAGCAGGCUGUGAUCUGCCAACCCACUCCGCUAAACUGAAGUGGACCCCAUUGUCAACUGGACUUCAUUAGGAAGACAGUUCUCCAGACAUGGCCUUCAAAGAAUACUUUGUGCCUCACCACACCACUUUCAUAAACGCUGUUAGUUCACUGGCUAAGGAGAUUGAGUGUGUCUUUGUGUGUGUGUGUGUGUGUGUGUGUAUGUGUGUUUUCACCAUAUUCCCAAUACCUAGUGUCUUGCACAAAUUAGUCCAGAUUGUGUGUUGAAUUGAACGAAAGGGCCACUACUAGUGUUAGCAUGCUUCAUGCCUCAGUAGUAUAAGUUAGUAGUUGUUCCUUUGCUGAUUUUGUAAUUACCACCCCACACACACUUUUUAUUUUUUCUUUUAAGUUUGGCCUUUCCUCUAGAUACUACCCCAUGGUCAAUUAACUGUAUAAAAUGUGAUUGCUUCUGGUGACAUAAUUAUCCCAAACCCUGUCCUGGAUAUACUUUGACAAGUGAAAAUUGAAUUCCUUGAAUAAAUUGGUCAUGUCUGAAAAAUCA